AUGUUAUCCAACCAUCCCAAGAAUUUAAAUAUUAACAAUUUAUCUGAUAUAGAUAAAGAAAAGAUGAAAGAAGAUAUAAAUAAAGAGAAGUACAAAGAGCAACUGGUUGGAGAACAAUUUGAAAAGGAGAAAAAUUAUAUUCAAGUCUACAACAAAUUUUGGCCUUUUCGUGUUCUUAAAAUUACAAAUUUGAUUUUGUUGUUUAUUUUGGCUGUUGGAUCAUGGUUUUGUAUUUCUUACACUAUUGAUUGGUCAAAAUAUUGGACUACAGUUUUGUAUGAGGAACCUUAUCACAUGGAAGGGGGAUAUGCGUUCAGCCGAAUAAUUUUAUUUAUUUUCGCUUUUUGUUCUUUAAUAGCUCAUCAUUUUGUCAAGUAUAAUACAUUUUUGGCUGGGGUAUUUUCAUUAAUGGAUAUUUGUUUCUAUGCAUUAACCAUUCCAAUUUUAAUUAUUGCAAGUAUAAUUUUCUCGAUAAAAUGUUUGGCUGAAUAUCGUUGGUUUGGCCCAAAACUUGCAAAUUUCAAUUAUACCUUUGAGGGUUAUGCUGAUCUAACUGAAAUAGAAUCUUAUUAUUUGAAUUCCUACAGCAACGAUUAUUUAUUGGAUAGAAUUGCUGAUCGAAAAAAACAAUUAUUUGUAAAUUUGUUACUCGAUCCAAUUUGUUUGGUUUUGGCCUCUUUUGCAAUUCUUGUCAACUUGUUACUAAUUUUUAAUCUUUAUAAAAAGAUGCGGAAAUCACAAUUUUGGGCAGCUGGCUUAAAUAAUUAUAAAACAAAAUUUCCAAAUUGUUCAUUGAUCGAAAAAAUAUAUUCUCAUCAUUAUCCUUUUGGAAUGUUAAAAACUUCACAAUGGUUACUACAAACACUUCUUUUAUUUUCUGCAAUGUAUUUUCCGUACUUUGAACUUCAUUAUAUAUCAGUUGGUUGUUUUUUUAUACCAGCAAUUGUUAGUUUUAUUCACUGGCUUUUGUAUUAUUGCACAGUUCAUGGAAGUCAAAAUAAUAAUCCAAAACCAAUUAAUUUGUCUUCUCUUUUCUUUACUGUUUGUUUCUUUUUAAAUUAAUUAGUAUAUAUCAGUUUUUAAAAGAAUUUGAAUAAAUCACAUUCAGAAAUAGGGUUUUAAGUAGAGAGUGGUACGGGAUCGGAACCUGUUCCCGAUACCGGCUUCAUGGACCGGGAAAAAUUCUAGCAGCUAAUUGUAGAUAUUCUAUUUUUGCUUGGUUUUUUGAUUUUUGACUUAAUUGAAACGGAGAAAUUUGUAGGUAAAAUUGAGAGAAAUUAGUGUAUAGUGC